CAAAACCACACUUGCUUACGGAUGCAAAGAAAAUCUUGAAAAUGUUGCCUGGGUAUAAUGAUUCUCUACUCGAGUCUGCAGAGCGAGGUGGGAGAGUACCAUCUAGGGCUCUGGCCAUGGGAAGCCCUCAGUGAGUUGUGCCUAAGGCCCGGAGUUUCCCAAGAGCCUGUCUACACUACUGCGCGGGGUCGAUCUAAGAUACGCAACUUCAGCUACGUGAAUAGCGUAGCUGAAGUCGAUGUACUUAGAUCGACUUACCGCGGUGUUUGCACUGUGGUAAGUCGACAACUGACGCUCUCCCUUCGACUCCGCUUGCGCUCCUCGUUCUGGGGAGUACCGGAAUCGACGGGAGAGCGCUCAGCGGUCGAUUUAUCGCGUCUAGACUAGAUGCGAUAAAUCGAUCCCCGCUGGAUCGAUUGCUGCCCGCCGAUCCGGCGGGUAGCGUAGACAAGCCCUUAGUUUGGCCCUGUGUGUUGCGUUCAUCACCUGUUGGUCUGCUGAGUGGAUGUCUUGUAGCCGAGUCAGUCUCCAGACUCCAAACACCUGCCUGCAGCGUGCCAGCCUGUGUCUUCUACCCUUUGCCUCAGCGUGGCUUCCCUGGCCAGUUCAGUGCCAACCAUGGAAACUCCUGCAAAGAUUCAAGCUGACUACAGCCCUGCAUUACGUACUGCUGCCUUUGGGCUGGGCUCCAGUGCUCGGUCGCUAAGGCGUGUCACUUACUCGUUAAGCAGCAUCUCCCAGCAUCAAGACAGCAACACAACCUAAGAACAACUUCGCCCGCAUACCAGGAAACCGGCUCCUUACCAGCCAUGGAAUGCAGGAGCAGAUCACUCAGCGACCAGACAGCCAUCCCUCCAGAGCGGAGUGAGCCAUGUAGGAGGGGACUGGACCUACAUCCAACCCUGGCCCCAUUCUGUGCUGCCUGGCGCCAGCAGCUAGGACCACCUGUCAGAAUAUUGAACUGGUCCCAUUUUAUGAACCCUUUGAAAACCACUUAUAAAUGGAAACUGAAUGUAAAAGCAAAGAGGAGUCCUUGUGGCACCUUAGAGACUAACAUAUUUGAUUUCAUCCAUAGCUCCCAAAGCUGGGUACCGUUGUCCCCAUUUUACAGGUGAGGAAACUGAGAGACAAAGGCCCAGAUCCUCACAGGUAUGUAGGGCCAAUGAAAUCAAUGGGAGGUAGGCACCUAAAUACUUCUGAGCAUCUAGGCCAAUGUGAUUUGCCCAGAGUCACGCAGCCGGUGAGUGGUAGAGCCACGAGUCUUUGGAGUCCCAGUCCACUGAUGUCCACUUGCAUUCCAAGCUCCUGUGGCUGGUCUAACAGAUCCUCAGAGGUGGAGGUUCUUGACCUUGGACCUGAAAGGUCAGAGAUGAUCAGGUAUCCUAAAGGAAUGAGGUCAGGUCGGGUUAAUUCUCUCAUUGCCCUGAAGCACAACUUAAAUCAGCAAAACCUCCACCCCAGCCUCUCUCAUUUCAAAGCAUUUCUGCCUAUUUAUAUGGCACUCACACCCCUACCCCUCCCACCUCAACCUGGCGCUAGGGUGCAGCACAGUUUAUAACUGUGCUUGUUUAUUACAUAUAGUGUUGCCAUAGCAGCAAUCCCGUUUGACUCUCUCUAAACAAUGGCUGGAGUUUGAUGCUGUAAGCGGAACUUUAUUUUCAUGAGCUGGCUGCAGUGUCUGUGUAUUGCUAUCCUCUGCUGGUUGGAAUCCAAACUGUGUGUCAUUGGCCCUAUACAGCCCACACCUCACAGGAGAUUCUCUUUUUUUUUUCGUGGGAGUGGCAGCAGGCUGUUGGAACAGGAGGAUCAAAGAGCCAAUCCAAUUGUGACAUGCUGAAUGGCCCUGGUGUGAAGCAUGGUGACAUGAUUUAAGGCGGUCAGACAUGCCAUUGUGUGGUUCUGCUGCCUGGCAUCUUACAGGGAAGGGAUAUUUCCUUCUUGUCAUCGGCCUCCUGUGGAUCAAUAGAGGCAGGUUGUCCGUCAGCAGGAUGGUCCCCAGCAGCCCUCUUCUGGUUAGGCAAAGCCUUCCCAAAUGUCAAGUUUAAGCUUUGAGCCAACUCCACUCAGCAGGAGUUCUUUUUCUUUUGGCCGCCUGUGUGCUCCAGGCCAGGCAUGCCGACGGGUGACUCAGAUGCAGAGAGAGGGAACAAAGAGGAUGGGUGAGGCUGAAGUGAGGAGGAAAGAGACUGGGGUGGAUGAGAAAAGGAGGGAGGAGUAAAAAUGGAAAGCCAUGGAGAAAAGAGGUUUGAGAUGGGGGGAGAAAGACCGAGAAGAGAAGGAACAGUCAAGGGGGAGAAAGAGGGUGGAAUGGAGCUAAGCGUGAAGAGCUUCCAAGAAGCUCAGCCCAGUGGGCGUGGAGCUCUUCUGAAAAUCUAGCCCCAUCUGUGGGUGCUGUGCCCUCAGAAAUCUGACCCUGAGCUCUUGAAAAUCUGGCCCAUAGCAACUUGCUGUCUUUGGCAACCAGGGGCCACCUUCACAAGCUGGGACGGGGUAGGGUGUGUGUGGGGGGUGUCUCUCACUAAUGCACAAUUUGGAGGGUGCCUGGCGUAGCAGUGAUGCCCUCUGCAUCCAAAUGAGAAUGGUCAGCUCUUAUCCAGGUGAAAUGCAUCAUUCAUGUUCCUCUUUUUUUUUUAGUGCACUUUAUAGUUUGUUGCAAUUAGUUCAUUUAAUCCGGUUCCAUGGAAACGGAGCUGGUGGCCAGAAACAGUCACUCUCCUGGACUCAGCCAUAGCACCUCCAGCUGUGAUCUCAUUAGGUUUCAUGAGCUAAGCAGUGUUGGCUUGGUUAGCGCUUGUCUCGGAGACCGUCCAGGAACACCUAGGUGUUGCAGGACAUGGUGCUGGAUGAAUCAUUCAGGGCGCUAACGCUGGGGGGCUGUGCUGCCAGAGGGCCGGUAUUUCAGGUGACACAUAAAACCGAGACACUCCCUUGCUUGUUGUUAAGGUUCCCUAUGUGCAGGAGUUGGGUGUUUGGACGCUGAGUUGAAUUACACUCCAACUUGGGUAAUUAUGUCGGACUUCUAAAUUCACCCUUGUGAUCUCAUUCACCCCCUUUCUAAAAAUUCGAAUACCGCAUUGGUGCGUGCUGUUAAACAGCUGGUGUGUUCCACCUCCGAGGGAGUUGCACAUCAGCCGUGGGGCACUUGGGUAAGUGUAACGUCCCAGCCAUGGCGAGUCUAGAGAGGUUCUGGUGCUGAACACGGUUGUGGUUUUUUCGACGUGCCUGGAUCUGGAUCUGAGCUUCCUGGCUCAGGGGGAGGGGGCAGCUAGCUUGAAGUGCCUUUCAGUCCGAUUUGCAGAGCAGCCAUCCUUCUCUGCCACUGACGCACACGGCUCCCCAGUGCACAUUUAAACAGGAUUGAGAGCCUGGCAGGCAACUGGGCAAGCUCACCACAGGCUGACAGCGCACGGAGGAUAGGACUUCCCCAACCUGCUUCUCCAUAAGAGGAACGGUUGAGCCACCACAGUGACGGGGCCAGGCAGCCCCCCGUCCUCCCCUCCCUAUUGCUCCAUAAGAGGAGAAAGAGAGAGGGGCCCCCUGCUUGGCUCCCUUGGCACAUUCCAUUCCUGCCUGUCACGGACCAAUAUAGCCACCAGCAUCACUCCACACACACGCCAGAGGUGCUGAGGCAGGCUGGAAGGAAUUCAGCUGCAGUAAGUGCUCAGACACUCAAGGCCCAGCCACCACAAAUGAGGCGCGCCUCUCAUUUGGAACCAGGAUCCGAUCCAAAUGCCAUGGGCUUGGGGAUUCUCAACUGGGAACUGGAAGCAUGUCUGGAUCAGAGCUCUUGCACUCGUGAGGACUUGCCUGUGGUUCGAGAAGGCAAUCCGCCAGUCCUGGUGCAGUCAUGGACAAGACGGGUGGGUAGUCGUGGGACAGGAGUUCUGCAAGCCAAGCUGCACCUGGUGAAACAUGCCGCAGAGAAAUGAAAGGCGGACAGGCAGAAGUACAAACUGAGUAGACAGGAGAAAAAAGACAGGAAGCUGGGAACUGGAGAGAAAUUUGCUUAAAUGUGCAAUAAUUUGGGAUUGUGAAUUGCUGAAUAGAUGUGGAAGUUUGUUGGCUGUGAAUGUUCAUUUUAAAGGAAAAGCCUCAGGAAUUAGUUACGAGGCCACAUUUUCAACAGUGCUCAGCUGUUUUCAUUGUCCCCAGCAGCGGCAGGGUUGUUCUGAGUUGACUUAUUCUUAGGGACUGAUCCUGCUGCCAUUUAAAUCAAUGGCGAAACUACCUUUGAUUUAAAGUAGAGCAGUAUCCUAUUAAUGAUACUUCACCCAUAGAUCCCAAAGCACUUUACAAAAGAACGUAAGUAUUGUUAUCCCCAUUUUACAAACAGGGAAACUGAGAGGGGAAGUGACUACUGACAAUCACUUAGCAGCUCUGUGGCAGAACUAGGAUGAGAACCCAGAUGUCCUGACUCCUAAUCCAGUGUCCUGGCCCCUGUACCACACAGCUAAAGCAAUCUCUAGAAGUGUAUUAGCAGAUGGAUGGUCAGACUGUUUUUAGACAUACCUCUCCUUGUUUCGUUCUUUCCUCAACCGUGAAUGGUGCUGGGAGCUGCCCUUUUGAUAUGUUAGACUCCUGCUGGGAAAUAAUCCUUUGUGCUUCUCUAGCAUCCUUUGUCUGAGACAACUGGUAAUAUUCACCUCUCCCCUUUCAGGUGGGUGGGUAUUAUUAUUUCCAGUUUGCAAAUGGGUAAACUAAGAUUAAGUGACUUGUCCAAAGCCAGUCAAUGGUGGAGCUGGGACUAGAACCCAGGAGUCCUGACUUGUUCUUCCUUGCACCAUAUAACCCUUUGACUAGAGUCCCUUCCAAAUAAUAAAUAAGAAUAAGUGAGAUGACCCAGGCUUUCCAGACAACAACGUUGGAAAGUCUCCUGCCUUUCUUAUGUAUGCAAAUGCUGCAUUGAUUGUGCCUUCAUUGUAAGCCAUCAAACUGUCAGUACGACAGCUUCCUGUUUGAAUGUUAAUCAUUCUGCUAUUUUAAUGUUCCACGCACAUUUUAUUUCUGGUUUGCUCUUCUUUGCACUUGGAUGUGCAGAAGUAAUUAGAAUAUUACAGACCUUGCAUUGCAGAUUGCCUUGUUCUUUCCUUUUAGCCAUUCUUCAAUCAAUGGGUCUGGCUUCCAAUACGCAGCUAUACUGUGGCAGGCUGCGUGAUUCAUCUGCCACAAGAUAGCUGUGAUUCAGUCAGACAGCAGGCCCCUGCUCUGUUUAAAGGAGCUAUUCUCAGUACAUCACCCUAGCAGUAAUCAAGAUCAAAUGCAACUAAAGUCUCAGUAAUUGUGAGCUGAAUCCUGCAGCUCUUCAAGGGGAGUUUUGCCUAAGUAAGGACUACAGAAUUGCCCCCCCCUCCCCCUGUCAAUAUCUAUCACUUUAGGCCAGAAGUGUUGGAUUGCAUUGUCAAACACUGGAACGUGGAUCUCCUCUCUGAUUUUUCCUGCAUUUGGUUUUAGACUGGUUCAGGAAACUCUGGGUUAGGGAACAUCUCCCAGUCCCGACCCCAGCACCCAAUCUGGCUGUUCCCUGGAUCCAAGUAAUUACAGAUCUGACCCUGUUAGUUCACAAGGUUUAGCACAUAAAGGGCAUGUCCCCUCUUCAAAGCACUUCACACAUGUUAAUCUGUCCCCCAACACCCCUGGGAAACAGGUAACUAAAAAUUACUCCUCAGUUACCAAAGGCAGAGAAGUGAAUGGCCUGAUCCUGUUCCCACUGAUGUAGAAAUGACAGUUUUGUCUUCUCUACAAUGGGCGCAGGCUCAGGCCGUCAGUGACUUACCCAAGGCCAGACAGUGAGCCAGUGGCUAAGCAGGGAUGUGAACUCAAGCCCUCCUUGAGGCCCUGCCGCUUGUUUAGCCAACAGGACCCCACUGUCUCUCACAAGUAAGCCCAUCGUCCUGAGAUGGAGCCAUCCAAGGACCCCUCUCACACGGGCACAGCUGUUCUCCCAGUGGUAGUUCUGGAUCCAGGGCACUCCUUCCUUUUUCCGCCCCAAGCUUUCAGUGAUAGAAUCAUCUGCCAUGAGGAUUUCCCCUCACCGUUGCCUAGCACUGGAGCAGCUCCAGGGCUCAAGUGUUUUGACCACCACGUCGUCUAAACCUGUGCAGAGCAGGGGGUAAAGAUGCCAGUAGCUGCUCCACACUCGUGCUCCCAUAGCCACCUGUGCCAGCGUCAGAGCGAAGUAGGGAGAAGUACAAGGCUCCCAGUUACGCCAUGAAGCAGAGAUCUCGGACAUUCUGCUCCACACCCGAGGGUCUCACAGCCCUUCCGAUGGGUCGUAAAAGGCUCCAGGCUUCCCAGCCGUCACUGAUGCACCGCACAGUCCAACUGCCCACAGGCAGAGAGAAUGCAAAUAAAGGGAAAGUAUUAUAUUAAAGGCAAUAGCCCCCCCACACACACACAUACGAGCACCCCCCACAUCCCAAGAACAAAUGUUACCCCGCAAGCCCUUUGUGCCUGGAGCUUGUGCUUCAGCCAUAAGAGACAGGCUGCAAUGCUGACGGAUCUCUGCCCAUGCUGACAAGCUUUUAAUGAUUUAGCAGAGAAGUCUGGAUUUAGCAGCACUCAGAAUAAACCUCUUUGAUGUAAAAGCUGGUUUGUGAGCCCUGCCAGUAACAGACACUAGCACACAUGCUUAUACAGGUACUUGAUACCACCACAUUGCAACCCAAGACACAAAAAAACACACCCAACCCAAAUGUGCAGGUAUAUGUGAUCAUUAUUAUUUUAAUACACUCUAUACCCAGCUGCUCAUGCAUCAUUACCAACCCUCAUGAUAUUAUCCUGAGUCUCACGAUAUCUGGUGUUUUACCUCAAGCCACAGCUCCUGGAGUCAUGGGAUUAUGUCAGGCUCUUGCCUUGCAUUUUAAAAAAAAGUUUAUAGCCCUCAUGAUUGCAGAGAAAAACUGGACAAUGUGACCCACAGGUGCCCCUAAAAUGUCAGAAGCCAGAAAGCAAAUAAGAACUCCAGUUUUUUUUAACUCAUUAUUUUUAAGCCAAUGAUACAGUACACUACAUCACAUAUGGAACAGAGAGCAAGACACCAAGUGGCAGGGAAGUGACUUGCUCAAGGCCAUAAGGAGAGUAACCAGGCCUGCUGCCUCCCAUGUGCCUGAGCGUCACACAACAGGCAGUCUGCCUCAGUUUCCCCUCUUGGACUGUUAAAGAAACUCAAAAAAAAAAAACCUCUUGUCCAUUCCCAUCCCUUCUCAGCUGGUGCUUUAUUAAAUUAACAAACAUUCAAAACGAAGUUUUCAAGUGCAUCCAAAAGUCCACACAAAACAAAGGUUUCUUGUCCUCCUCCCAGCCUUCCUGUCUGGGGCCUUUACUACUUUGGCAGGCCACUCCCAGGCUGGAAUCUAGUCCCUGAGGAAGUAUGUAUGUAUUUCUCUCUCCUUACCUCCAUUGCAGCCUCCUGCUAUUUUUUCUAGGGCAAUCACUCUAGCUCCAGGGGUAGCUCAUUCUGUGAUCAGGGUUGGUUAGCCCCAGGCCUCCAAUGGUGAGCCACUUUGUUAGAGAGAGACAGUAGCAGAGUGGGGAAUAGGGCCUGGGCAUAUUGACGCCCAGUCCUAGGUCCUAUUCACGGCCUCUCUGGUAGUAAGACCUUAAUUUUUCAGCUUGCAAGAAGCCACAGGAGCAACUGCCCAUAGCAAUAGAUAGACCCAUGGCAGACAUUUAGAAAAACACCUGAGAGCAAUUUGCAACCGUUCAUACACACAACCUACCAUACACCUGACCCUCCAACAGACCAGACAGGAAACAAGACCCCCAAUCCUCCCUUGCACACUGAUGUUCACAUGCGCUAACGUGCACACACACCCCAAUGGUGACACAUUCAGCCAGACAAGAGAUGGGGCCAUGCCACAGGAUCAGGGCUUCUCUGAAAUGUUUGGGGGUGUCAUGGUCAGACCUGGCGUCAAGCCCAUCUCAAACACAGAUAUAUCCCUUCCUCCCCUGCUGCAUCCUAUCACCCUCUGGAGUUCAUGUUCCAGGCAGGCUAUUUUCCAGGCUAGUUUGAGUCCUGAUUUGUUUCAAACAGAUUGUACUUUGGAGACUAGGCAUUUGGAGAGAACGCAUUUAAUCUGCUUUUAGCUUUCCAUGAUUCAGCAAUAGCCCAGCUGUUCCUGCUGCUCUGAUGCGUCCACGCUGCCGCUGCUUCCCUUGGCAUACCCUUGGCAUCACCCUCUUCACCCAUUUAACCUCGGGGGUAAAGGUAACUCCAGCAUACUUGCCAUCUCUGCACUAGGAAGGCCACUGUGCUUCUCUCUGCUUCAGAGUCUGCCAUCCUUUCUGCGAGGCCUGUGGGCCUGGAGUGAGCAUGAGACGUCCUGCCUCAUUCGGUGGGCUGCAGCUGCAUGCUGCCAAAGGGGGGGGGCUCAUACCCACAAGGAAUUAGAGGUAAAGCUUUAGGUAUUGGGCAGAUUUUGUCUCUGUUGUGUGCAUAUGAAGGAAUGUGGUGGGGGGGGUUGUGAUAAUGAGCAGCAUGGGACAAACCCUGUUUCCCUCCUUCCACAGCAGAAUCAACUCAAGGAGGCGGAAGGCGGGAGAAGGCAGUGUUGUCCACUGGUUAGAGCUGGAGGCUAGGUGUCGAGAGACCUGUGUCCUAGUUCUAGCUCUGCCACUGACUUGCUGUGUGUAACCUUGGGUGCCUGAGGUGGUGAGCCAUGCUGGGCAGGAGAACAAGACACCCCCAAGAAAUCAGCAAGCACCGGAUGAACCUGUCCCACCAGGAUGCUGUGCCCCAAAGGAUCAGCCCAUCCAAAGAGUGUGACAUCAGCCUGGAGGUGUUCAGCAAAUCCACACCUGAACUCAAACAGAGCCGCAAGCUGGCACAGCAAGCCCGGGACAGGAGAGCCCGCAAAGCUGACCUCAAAGACUCCAACGGGAGGGAGGCAGAAACAAUUACCUUUAUUUCUGGCACAGCAGAGGCUCCCCAGACCCAGAGCUUGUGCUGUCUUUCUUUGUCUCAGGCCUGGAACGCCUCCAAGGCUGUUCUCUGCUGUAUAGUGACCUGUGGGGGCUGCUUUAAGAAUUGCGGCAUUCACAUCCCCUGUCUGGGUCACACUGAGACUUCGAUUGAUGAUGGAAGAAACAGAGAGCAAAAUGGACGUGUGCCUAGCAACAGCCCUGCCAACAUCUCCCCCGUUGAAAAGAAUGGGAACCAGAUCAAAAAGAACACUAUGGGGAGCAGCUUCAGUUACCCAGAUGUGAAACUGAAGGGGAUCCCUGUCUAUCCGAACCGGAGCCCUGGCAACCAUACAGAUGCAGAUUCGUGCUACAAAGAGCCCCUGCCAGAGAAGACCUUCAGGAACAGCAUAGAAAAGCCACCACUCCCCAGCAGCCACCGGAGCUCGGAGGAGUAUUACUCCUUCCACGAGUCUGAUCUGGACCUGAGUGAGUUGAGCAGCUCUAUGUCCAGCAAAGAGAUCGAUGUCUUGAUCUUCAAGAAACUGACGGAGCUCUUCAGCGUCCACCAGAUUGACGAGCUGGCCAAGUGCACGUCAGACACUGUCUUCCUGGAGAAGACCAACAAGAUCUCAGACCUGAUCAAUAGCAUCACUCAGGACUACAACCUGGAUGAGCAGGAUGCUGAGUGCCGGCUAGUCCGAGGCAUUAUACGCAUCAGCACCCGGAAGAGCAGGGUCCGGCCCCCCAUUUCCAUUCCUGCCACCAAGAGCCACGAGGAGAAGGCAAGCAGAGGAAACGCACCGGACAGCGGCAAUGAAACCAUGCUGGAGUCCCUAAUCACCAGCCAAGACGAUUUGGCUGUGCAGAUAUCAGAGGAAACCACAGCAGAUGUGAUAGCCAGGAACAUGAGGCCGUUCAGCGCUGCAGGGUCUCCAAUGAGCAGAGCUUCCUCCUACCAGGACACAGAGACUGAUUCGUCUGGAGCACCGCUGCUUCAGGUUUACUGUUAGGAUAAUGGACCAAGGCAGCGCUCUGUGGCGGGAGAGGUCGCUGGGCCUUACGGCACACAGAGCUCCUCCUCUCUUUGAAUAUAAAAUGUGCUAUGCCACUUUAUUUUCUUCAGUUCUCUUUUUCCCUUGUUAAAGUUCAACUUGCCCCUCAAUCUGUGGGGCGCAUUGGAUUUUUUUUAUGUGGGGGAUCAUAAAAGAACCUUGAGGAAAUGGACCAUGAAUCUAGUGAACUUACUCAGACGGUGGGACGUGAGUUCUGGGAACAGAAGAUGGACCAGGGGAGCCUGACAAAGGGAAUUUGUUCUGCCUUUGUGGGAACGUGCAGUUCUACUUCCACGCUUGGAGUGCAGUUUUAGUACCCAGCCAGACGUCAGCCAUCCAGCUGUUGCCCAGCGCCAAAAGUCAGCUGUACAGUUUUUGCCCUUCCGGCACUGUAGACGUUAAUGUAUGUUGUGUAGCUUUGUUGAUGAUCUUUCCCCCACCCCAGGAAUGUCUUUCCAUUGUAGCAAUUCUGUUGAGGCGAACACCAAGGCUGUAAGAACACCCAGCUGUUUAAGAUCCCAGAUCUCUACUUACUGUUGCUGGCCUUGAUGGUCCCAGAGGCUGAGUCCUCUAUGCACAGUAGCCAGACAAGCUUUCUUGACAAAGUGCCUUACGCCUGUCCUGGAGGGAACACCUCAGAAAAGAGAGGGUAGUUCAGCCUCCGGGGUUUGUUUAAUCUUUGGCCUCUUUGUAGUGGAUGCCAACAAAGCAACCAAGCCAAUUUAGUGCUAGUUGCAGUGUGGACAACUUGUUGAUGAGACUAACUGGACUGAGACCCAACUCUGGUCUCUCAGGUUAUCAUGCAACCACUGAAUAACAACUUUAAAUCACUGCCAGUCUGGUGAGAACCACUGACAUGAGGUAUUAAAUAGACACAGGUGUUGAUUUAUAACUCGUUUGCCAAUCAGCUUUUCUCUCACUCAUCUGCCGAGGCUCACAUUGCCCUUGGUGGUCAUGUUAACUGUUGGAGAAAGCUCUGAACUUGGGUCUUGGCAGGUAAGCGAAAAGACCAGACUUCUUUUAAAAUUACAAAUCAGUCCUCCCUGUAACUCUGCCUGUGUGUUUGAGAUCUUAAAUGCUCCUUAGAAAGGCUCCCUGGAAAACUUCGCUGUUGCCUUUAAAGGGAGGGAGAAGGGCUUUGUGGGGGAACUCUUCAUGAAGUGUAUGUAGGGAACUGAUUAUUCCUGUGUAAGUGUGACUCUCACUCCCCUUCGUCCAGGGGUGUUCAGCAUGCUCACCCUCUCUCCUAGGAGUGGUGCCCUCCCUCCUGCAUCCCGUUACAAAAGAACAGGUAGUGUCGCCACCCUAAAGGCACCAAACUGGGUGACCUUGAGGGCUGCAGCUUUGCAGAAGCCUGAGGGCUGCACCUCGCUGACAUCUCCACUGGCUCGUUUAUCAGGAAGUGAACACACCCAGCCAUGAGAUUUGUUUAUACACUUUGGUGCCUUAGCAGGGGAAUAGAAAAUGCUCGUUGGUGGCAUUAACCAGCAAUGAAACAGAAGUGUCCAGUGCUGCUAGAGACAGAGUGGCAAAGGUGGGCUCUGGCCCUGGUGUAGGCCGCACUUCUGUGCUUAAGCUAAGGGAAGGUGUCUUGAGCUUGUAGGUUGGGACUCCGCAGUCUGUGUUCGCUUCCUGUGCUUUUCAAAGAUUUGGAGAUUUAGUUCCUCACUUCACUAAGUAGGGCUUAUAUAGCUGCCAGUUGUGGACAGAGCCCCUGUGAAACACGCCAUUCGCCUGAGCCACAUUUAAGUCCCACUCAGACCUACUUGCUGUUCUUGUAAAUCACUUGCUUUUAAAAAAUACAGAUUCAAUCCUAUCCCUUGAAACAUCAGAAACACUGGCUCACGAAUCGCCGCUGACUUGGCAGUGAUAUUUAGGCUAAAUAACCAAUCCCACAGCACUUUGAAGCUUCUCCCACAUUUGGCUGUGUUUUCGUGUGGCUCUGUGUUCCACGUUCGGGCCUUUGGCGGGCUCAGAGGGAUGGUCUGGCAAUGCAGGAGCCACUGAAGUUUUGGUGAGUUGAUUGUUUUUCCUUAGGCUUUGUUUUUAAAGCAAUUAAAUGUAAAUUUGAAAAAAAAAAAGCCCUCCCUCUUGUUCAUGACCCAAAG